GCGAGGAAUCAGAGGAAGAGGUACUUUUUGGCCUGGAAAAGAUCGACAGAUUGAGAGGCAAGAACGUGGAGUGGGAUCGAGAGGCAAUCGAAAAAUUCCGAGAGAAUCGCCAAGAACGGUACCGGAAUAAUAAUCGAAAAGUGAUCGUGAAGCCACAAUGGAUGGGACGAAAAGCGAGCCGAGCAAGAGCGGGGCUGUGCAACGGGAGUGCGGUGGUUGCGGAGAGGUAAUUACGGAAAGGUAUCUUCUCAAAGUGUUGGACAUGUUCUGGCACGAGGAUUGCUUAAAGUGCAACAGUUGCAAUUGCAGACUCGUGGAAGCUGGUCCCUCGCUUUACAUAAAAUCCAAUCUGAUAUUGUGCAAGAAGGAUUAUUUACAAUUGUUUGGACUCACUGGCCAUUGCGCGGCCUGUAACAAAACCAUCCCAGCCUUCGAGAUGGUGAUGAGGGCGAGGACCAACGUCUACCAUUUGGAGUGUUUUGCGUGUCAACAAUGUAACUACAGAUUCUGCGUGGGGGACAAAUUUUUCUUGUGCGAGAACAAAAUCCUGUGCGAGAGCGACUACGAGGAGAGACUGGUUUUUGCCAACAUGGCGGUCCAUCCACCAUCGACCGCGACAUUGGCGCAGAUCAAGAGACAAGUGUUCCAUCUUCAACCACAGAUCAUGUCACCUAAUCCGCAGAGGCAAGUGAACGGAGAGACGACCCAUAAUCACAAUGGCUACGCGCCCGCGAGCUCGAGCGCCCAUAACAUCCUCAACUCCAUGAAUAAUUUAAACGGUAUCAAUGCACAGGCACCUUACGAUACCAAAUGACAAACGAAGUAAGCGUCUGCCAUCGAUCGUAUCAUCCAAACGCGUUGCCAAAUUCGUUUAACAAGAACACGGACGUCUUCUAUCGUCGUCGUCGACGACAUCAUCGUCAUCAUCAUCAUCAUCAUCAUUGCCGCUAUCGUAGUAACACCCGGAACUCGUCCGUUCGUUAUUGGUGUCUGAAAAGUCUGUUCGAGAUUCGUUCGUCGAGACAACGAUGAAACGAAAAUUCGAUUCGUGACCAAUAUAAUACGAACGUUGGUUGAUUCGUUCCGCGUAGACACAUUUUCCAAUGGCAACUUCUAUUUCUCUAAAAAAAAAAUCUAAUCUAGGUAGUACUCUAGUUAAAUCGGUCCCUAUUACGUCAUAUUAUUUCCCAACAAAUUUCCUCGAAUCGUACGUAUCCUCGCAAUUUAUUAUUAUUAUCCAUGACGUAAUAGGUUGCCCAAAAAAUCCUGAAGACUGUACGAGUCGACUGAACUGUCGUGAUGCGCGUGAAAGACAGAUUGGUGCUGUUUUAGACGAAGUUUAAUUCGAAUUUCGCGAGUUAUAAUGUAUAGAAACG